GGGGUGCAGAACUGAAGCUGGGGUAAGGAACGAUGGGGCAGCAAGGAGACUGUGGACCCUGCCCUCUGCUCCCAGGCGCGACCCCUGACCCGCUACCUGCCCAUCCGGAAGGAGGACUUUGACUUGAAGACCCACAUCGAGUCCUCGGGCCACGGCGUGGACACCUGUCUGCACGUGGUGCUCAGCAGCAAGGUCUGUCGUGGCUACUUGGUCAAGAUGGGCGGCAAGAUCAAGUCGUGGAAGAAGCGCUGGUUCGUCUUCGACCGGCUCAAGCGCACCCUCUCCUAUUAUGUGGACAAGCAUGAGACGAAACUGAAGGGGGUGAUCUACUUCCAGGCCAUCGAGGAGGUGUACUACGACCACCUGCGCAGCGCGGCCAAGAGCCCGAACCCGGCCCUCACCUUCUGUGUGAAGACGCACGACCGGCUGUACUACAUGGUGGCCCCGUCUGCAGAGGCCAUGCGCAUCUGGAUGGACGUCAUUGUCACCGGAGCCGAGGGCUACACUCAGUUCAUGAACUGACGGGUGGGCUUCCUGGCCCUCAGGCUGGCCCAGGGCCCAGGCCCGACCUCCUGCUCUCUGCUGGCCCUGGACACAGUCACCCCCUGGCCCAGGCUGCCUCCAGGCGGCGUGUCCCGAGGCCCUGGGAGGGCCCAGCGGAGCCAGGCUUUUGUCCUGUGAGGAGCUCCUGCUGGGAGGUGCUGAACUCGGGCCUCCUGCAGAAGCAGAACCAGCCAGGGCUGGGGGCGGGGCGGGGCGGGGGGUGUUUUGCAGCCCAGGAGCCCGGAACUUGCAAUAACCCUGCAGGGUCCUGCCCUAUGUGUUCUGUGUCAAGGACAAUUACGGUACCAGAAUCUGCCAAAGAUCCCCUCUUGCCUCAGCCUCCUUUGCAGGGGCCGUGGGGGCCCGAGCAGAGCCGCCUCCAGAGUGGGGUGCAGCUCAGGCAGUGCUGCUCAGGCCCUGCUCUCACCCAUCGUCCGCCCGCAUUUGUACUUUUAUUACUUUGCUCAAGGGCCAGAGGCCUCAUGUUUUAUCUUUGAGGGGUCAGCCCCAUCCCCUUUUUGCAGAACCAUCACCAUGGUCACCAUAGUAACCGUUUCAUUGCCAUGGUUACAUACUAAUUGCCGUGGCUGUGUGGCUCUGCCCACUGCUGAAGCUGUGGGCCCAUCUGAGGGUACGUGCCAUCAUCUCUCCAGCCCAGGCCCUUAGGCAUCUCAUGUUGGGGAAAUGGGACCUCACACCUCCCUCCCCAGCCCGUCCCCAGGCCGACGCACAGCUGCUGGCCGUGGCCAGCCCUCCCGUCCACUCGUGCCUUGCUUAGAGCCAGAGGGGAUGAAGUCAGGGUAUCUCGGUCCCGAGGAGGAGGAAGCUGGAAGGGCCUUCCUCGGGUUCUGUGCGGGGCUCCCUGAGGAAGCCUGAGCCGGAGAGGAGCUCAGAGGAGGGGACCCUGAAGUCCCGCCUCCGGAGGGGAUGACCGUGGAGCAGAGGACGAGGCCUCCGGCGGCCUGGCUGCAGUCCUUCCGCCUUAACACUAAGCCCACCGCCCCGCCCCCUCCAGUGCUGGGCCUGGGUGCGGGUCCAGGCUGGGUGAUUCUCAGUAUUUGUAAGCAUCUCAGCAGAACAAUAAAGUAUUUGGCGUGUGA